GUUUUUGUAGGCAGGCGCAAGACUCUGAAUAUAAAUGCGCGAAUAAAAAUUUAAAAAAACGAAUUACAAUAAGUAUUUUAAAAAAUGGUUGACUAUCCCGAUAUUAUUAAUUUCUCACGAGAUGAAUUGCUCGAAGAGUAUUGUAAACUAUUCGAUCGAUUUCAGGAUUUACGUGAAUCAAAUGAAGCAGACACACAAAAAAUUCACGAAUUAAAGCGUUCCCUAGAUACAGCCACCGCUGCCCAAGCGUACCUAACGCAAGAACUCGAGCAAUAUACCAAUUCUGAUAGCAAUGAAAUUGAACAUGAUUUACAUAAAACUCAAGCUGAAUUAUUGGAUAUGAAGAAGAAAUAUGGCAAACUGGAAGGAUCUUUUACCACACUACAGCAGGACUAUAAUGCAUUGCUGGAGGAGAAUACUAAAAUUGCACAUGAUUUGGAAGAGUCUCUUAAGCGUAAGGAACAUGUACCCAAGGAAAUUGAUACACAAAUAACCGAUGAUUAUGUGAUGCGUAUACAAGCUUUGGAAAAUGAAAAUAUGGAUUUGUUGCAAAAGAUAGAGGAUUUCGAGGAACGUUCUGUGCGUUAUACUCUAACCAUAGCAGAGUGUGAGAAAAAUAUGGAGAUAUUGCGUGAUCAAAUUAUGUGUCUGGAAGAAAAUCUUCAAUCGAAACGUGUAGAUUUAGAGGAAAAAAUACAAAUCCUGGAAAGUACACAAGAACAACUGGCUGAGGCAAAUGCUCAAAUUGCUAUGAUGUCUGCUGCUCCAGAUAAUGAUGAACGCAAAGGAAAUUCAUUAUUUGCUGAAGUAGACGAUCAACGCCAAGCCAUGAAGCAACUGCUAACAGCUCAAAAGAAAAGUUAUGUGCAAAUGAAGAAAAUCUACAAUGAAAGUGAACAUGAAAUACGACGUCUUAAACGUGAGAAUAUAUCCAUGCAUACAGAACUCGAAGCUUGUAGUUCCAUAUUUUGUAAUGCAGAUAAGAUAUAUCAAGAAAAACUUAAUGAACGUGUCCGUCAUUUGCUGAAUCAAAAUGAAGACCUUGAACGUCAACUGAAAUGGACUCAAGAUCGCCUUAAGGAUAUGGCCAACGAUAAAGGCGUAUUAUUUCUUGAUUCUAUGCUUAGUUUCUGCAAAAAAGAAACGGAGGAUCUCAAGAGUCAGUUGCAUAGUGUACGCAUACAAAAGGCCAGUUUGGAGGAACAGCUACGCAAUGCCCAACAAGAUAUGGCCAGAUGGCGCUUUGAAUCUCUUAAGUCACGCUGUAUUCUUAUAGAUCGUGAACAUCUUUUAACGGAAAAUAACAUAAAGUUUAAACCCGUACAUGCCAUAGAAUACAGUAUCAGUGAAAAAGAACAAGCCGAGGCUAAGCCACGUAUAGUUAGCAAUCGUAGAAGUAGUACUUUUGAUAACAUUGUCGAACGUAGAUCAAUGACACCCUCAAAACUGCCAAUAACACAAGAAAUGUCUAGUCCUCUACCCACCCCAAUAACAACUACUCCCACGAUUAAAACCGAAAAUAAGUUAAAUAAUAACAAUAAUAUUGAAGUAGUUACUCCUUUAGCAAAAGAACAUAAAAUGAAAACAUUAGAACAGGAGUUACUUGAUAAAGACAUAAAUGAAAUUAACAUCAAAGAGGAAAAACCAACAAUUGUUAAGAAUCUCGAGGAUAAUCUCAAUAAUAAUGAAGAUAAAGAAAACAACAACAAUAACAUAAAUAAAUUAGAUGAUAGCCCCUCAUUGGAUAAUUUUUCUAAACUAACAGCAAAACCUCCUUCGCCUAUGCGUCCCUCACAGAGAUCUUUGGAGAAGGCCUGCAUAAAAUCAACUGCUCCACCAGCACGUUCCAUACUAAGUAAACAAAAUGAUUUGCUUUUUAAGGAUUCUGGCAAAAAUGUUAAAUUUUCCUCAAAUGCCGAUACUGUACACAAUCUAAGUCCUGGCACUCCAUCACCUACAAAAGCUACAGCCCAUACAUCAAAUCUAAAAAUUGAGGCUAAAUCUACCACUACUACUACUACAACUGCUACAAAUAAAGUAAACAGCAAAACUACUGUCAAACAAUCUCGUACUAAGUCUAACAUUGUUGUACGUCGUGUUGUCGUAAGUUCUAAACAUGAUUGAUUUAUAAAUGUUCUAAUAUGUAUUUGAGAAAAUUUUCUAUUUUAUUUUAUGUCUCGCAAUUCUAUAAUGACUUUUUAUUUUAUAUUUUAAACUAUACUUUUUUUAAUGAAACUAAUAAACUUAAUAACUGCAAUAAGAUUAUAAA